CACACACGCACACUCACACUCCCACUCCCACUCCCACUCCCACAGCUUGAAGAAGAUGUCAAGAAGAAGAGUUUCUGUUUCUUCCAUUAUUGGAAGAAGAAGAAGAAGAAGAAGAAUUGCUGAUGAUAAUUGUCAAAAAGUGAUCUCCAAGACGCUGUUAAUACGUUCAAUCGCGUGAUCCAAAUGCGACCUUUCCCCCCCCAUUUCUCAUUUCAACAAAGCUUUAUGUCCUCUUUCGAAAUUGGGUCAUUACGGCAUCGCUCUGUCUCUUAUUCGGAAAUUGCAUUUUCUAGGCAUUCAGAUCGAUAUCUUCACCUUCAACAUUGCUAUUAACUGUUAUUGCCGCCUGAAUCAAGUCCAUUUUGGGUUCUCUCUUUUGGGUACCCUCUUCAAACGCGGUUAUACACCUGAUGUAACUUCCUUCAACACUCUGUUGAAUGGACUUAUUUUGGACGAUAAAACCCCUGAAGCUGUAGAAUUAUUUAAGAAAUUAAUGAGAAUGGGAGAAAUUGAACCCGAUGUGGUUAUGUAUGGAACCAUUGUUAAUGGGCUCUGCAGAACAGGAAACACUAUCAGGGCUGUUAGUUUGCUUAGGAUAAUGGAAGAGGGAAGCUGUAAGCCUGACAUCGUAGUGUAUACCACGAUCAUUGACAGUCUUUGCAAGGAUCGAAUGGUGGAUGAUGCUCUCAAACUCUUUUCUAAAAUGGAUGAAAAGGGUAUUUUCCCAAAUGUUGUCACUUAUACUUCUUUGAUUCAUGGCCUAUGUAAUUUUGGCCGGUGGAAGGAGGCUAUGGGAAUGUUUAGAGAAAUGUUGGAUGGUGGUAUUGCUCCAAAUGUUCAUACGUUCAGUGUUUUGCUGGAUGUAUGUACCAAGGAGGGGAAGAUGAAAGAGGCAGAGGGGGUACUUGAAGUCAUGAUACAACGAGGUGUGGAUCCUGAUGUAGUCACGUACAGUAGUCUAAUGGAUGGAUAUUGUUUGCAAGGCCACAUGGAUGAAACAAUCAGAGUGUUGAAUACCAUGGUGGAGAGGGGCCUUCACCCUAAUGUUUUUAGCUAUACCAUUCUAAUCAAUGGAUAUUGCAAGAAAAUGAAAAUAGAUGAGGCCAUGCAUCUCUUUCGAGAAUUGCCUCGAAGGGGGUUGAAACCCGAGAAUGCAACUUUCAAUGCUAUGUUACGGGGUUUGUUUCAAACAGGUAGAUGUGGAGCUGCUCAAAAACUUUUUAAUGAUAUGCAAGCUACAUGCAUAAUUCCAAAUUCUCAAACUUAUGCUAUCAUGUUGGAUGGACUGUGCAGAAACAAGAAUAUUUCUGAAGCAUUGUCAUUAUUCCACAUGAUGGAAAGCAAUGGUUUACAUCUUGAUAUUGUUAUGUAUAAUAUCCUCAUUGAUGCAUUUUGCAAGGAUAAAAAGCUUAAUACUGCAAGGGCUCUUUUCAGUAACCUUUCUUCCAAAGGAUUAGAUCCUAAUGUUAAGACAUACACUAUGAUGAUACAAGGUCUUUGUAAAGAAGGCCUACUGCAUGAAGCUAAAGAGUUGUUUGUUAAAAUGGAAUAUAAUGGUUGUUUGCCAAAUGAUGUCACUUACAACACUAUUAUCCGAGGAUUUAUUGGACAACACAAGUGCUAUGAGGCAUUAACACUCGUUGAGGAAAUGGUUCAAAGGGGUUUUUCAGUAGAUGCAUCCAAUUCUUCCGUGAUCAUAGAUAUACUCUCGACUAAAGGACAAGAUCCUUCUCUCCGAGAAGUGAUAAAGAAGUUCGUGCCAAAAGAUAGUCAUGGAAUGCAUGAUAUUGAGUAAAUUUUUUAAGCUAUGAAGGUAAUGCUACACACAUCUUAAAUUAUAUAUUAUUAAGUGAAGCUUUUUGUUGUUGUUGUUGUUGUUGUUGUUAUGGAUUGACAUGGGCUUAUGCAUUUCCAUCAACUAUUUUGGACUUGUUGCUACGUGACUUUGCAACAUGUUUUCAUAAUUUCUAUUUAUGUAUAUCUUGUGUAUAAUGCCUCCUAAUUCUCUCUCUCUCUCUCUCUCUCUCUGACAAAAUUUUGAUUCCCCUCCUUUGAAUUUCCAUAUUGACACAGUACCAAGCAACCCCAUUCAGAAGAAGCGGUGCUGACAUAAUUCAUUAGCAAGAGCAAAUACUUGUUGAAUUGACAAUUGUUCCUUUUAUUCUAAGCUAUUCAAAAUUAUAUAUAUAUUUUUUAUAUUAUUCUUUUGUUAUUUAUUAGUACACUAUAUAUUCUUGUGUUGACUAGAAUGACUAUCAGAAGUUCAUCCAUGGUUUGCUCCAAUUGAAGGUCAUGUACAGGUAGUUGACUUAAUCAACUAUUGAAAUAUUUCUUAUGCUAGAAAGAAAACAUGCACCAUUUGGUGUAUCUGUGAUUUCACUGUUGGGAUUAAGUAUGGCUCUUCUCUUAAACUAGGAUGAACAUGUGGAAGGAUUUGACUUUUGAAAACAUUGGUUAAAAUUAAAUGGAUAGAGAAUGAUCAUGUAGACUUUGAUUCAUUUGAAGUAGUUUAUAUCUUUUGGCUCUUAAGUCUAGCACAAUUAUCUAUAUAAUAAAGCACCUAGCUUUUUGAAAAUGUACUACAAUUUUGUCCUAGAUGCCACUUUGAAUGGUUAGGAUUAACACAAUCUAAUGGUCUAAAAAUGUCCAAUGAACAAAUUGUCUUUUAAUGGUUGAGAUUGUUUGUUUGACAUGCAUCCAAUGGUGGAGGAUUCAUUUUAUCCUUUGUUUGUUCUUCCAGCCCAUCCCUUUCUGUUGAGCCCUCUCUCUCAUUUGAAUUUCAAAUUUCAAACGCACAUUCUCUCAGUCUCACUCUGUUUCUCUCACACACUUUCUCCAUUCUCUUUUAUGGUUCAAUAAUCAGAAGGUUUUGGAUUAGACCCAGUUGGUUCAUCGCUUUCAAACCCUCCAAUCUCUUACCUAUUUCACUCUCUCUGAUUACUUUCAACAACCAACCACAUGUCAACAACCACUUGAAUCCAUUGAUUCGAAGACCCAAAUUUUCAAUCUACCGCUGCUACUCAACCACCACCAAUCUCAUCACACCCAAAACCCAUCAUUUUUCUUGCCGGAGCACCACCUUCCUCCGUCACCACAGGCUAAAAUGCACCACCAUAGGUUUCUUACAAUUUUGAAGAAUGCCUUGGCUCUUCGGUUCAUAUAAUGGUGAAGCUUGGUCAGGACAGGUCGCAAAUCAAUGUCGAAGUUUGAAUUCAAGGUCAUAGUUAUGGAUUUCUUUUGAAUUAGUUUAUGAUAUUUAAUUUUUUUUUCUUGCUGUAGGUCAAAUGAUUUUUGGGUUUUUGAUAUCAUUGUUUGUAGUUUGCAGGUAUAAAAACCCAUCAUUAUUAGAUUCUUUUAGCUUAGGUCAUAGAGGAGCAACACCCAUAGUGUUAUUGUUCAUGGUACUUGAGGUCUACGACUAAAUGGUGUUGAUGGUACUUGAAGUUUUUUCUAUAGCUAUUGUAUCCAUUGAUGGCAUUGAUUGCUUUUUAGGUGUGAUUCGCUUAUUUUGAAGAUGCCUAAAUCCACAGAGUAUGAACAUCUACGUUGAUGACGAUGAUGAUGAAUUGGAUUUUGUUAAAGGAGUCAGGUGCUAAUUUGGGAGAUUAGUCAGAUCCUUGAUGCAGUUUUAAAGGCUGUAUAAUCUUGGAACAGUAAGAAUUUCUUGUUGAAUCCAGAAAUUUGUGAAGUAUUUGCAGUUGCAGGAGCUUGGUCUUUGUUGUUUGUUUUUCCUACAAGCCAAGAUUCAGUUUAAUUCAUCAUCAUUACAUUCCCUAAGGUUAAGAAGAGAGAAUAAAUUUUAAGAAAAGCAAAGGUUGCUGUCCUGAUAUACACAGUGAAAAGAAACUAAUCCCCCAGACAUAGCUACAGGAAAGCUUAGUAGCAUUUUCUGGAACAAAGCUGUCCAAGCAACUAAAGUCCAAUGCCAACGAAGCUCAGAUCAGUUUUACUUCCAGCAGCUGAGAAACAACAUUUAACAACAGAAUUCCAUACCUGGGAAGCUUUACUUGUCUUGGCGUGGAAUACCAUAAAGUUGCACACAAAUUUUCAUGUAAAUCUGGAUUCUGAGUUUUCUCGUUUACGUGGCUGUUUAGGUUUCCAGAGCUUGUUAACACAAUGGCUAUUUGAUGUCUACACUAUAAUGUAGUGGUUGAGUGAACCUAUAUUUGAAAUCG